AUGUCCUUAUCUGAUCUAGCUGAUAAAAGAGUCAUCUUCAAAUCUGAAAUUCAUGGUAAGCAGUUUACUUCUCAGACGAGGAAAAUGGAUAGGCAGGACAGAGGGACAGAACGGCCAGAGAGACAGGACAGACAGACAGAUAGAGAGGAGAGACAGGACACAAAGGACGGACAGACAGACACGAUGGACAGACAGACAGGACGGACACACGAGAGACACGACAGAGACAGGACAUACAGACGGGACAAACAAGACAGGACUGACAGGAUGGACAGGCAGGCAGGACAGACUGGACAGACAGGAUGGACAGACGGGCAGACAGGAUGGACAGACACGACAAAUAGGACAGACAGGAUGGACAGACAGACAGGACACAUGGACAGACAGGACAGACGCACAGGACAGACAGGCAGGACAGACAGGCAGGACAGACAGCACAGGACGGAUAGACAGGACGGACACACGGGACAGACAGACAUGGAAAACAGGACAGACAGACAGGACAGGACAGGACAGGCAGAGAGGACAAAGACAGGUCAGACAGACAGGACAGAAAGACAGGAAAAACAGGACAGACACGACAGGACAAACAAGACAGACAGGAUGGACAGGACAGAGGGACAAACAGGACAGAAAGGACAGGCAGGACAAAUAGGACAGACAGACAGGACAGACAGGGCGGACAGGCAAACAGAAAGGACAGAGGGACACGACAAACAGGAUGGACAGGCAGGACUGACAGGACAAAUAGGACAGACAGAACAGGACAGACAGGGCACACAGGAUAGACAGGACAGAGAGGACAGAGAGACAGGAUGGACAGACAGACAGGGUAGACAGCACAGAGAGACAGGACGCGUAGACAGGACAGACGGACACGACAAACAGGACAGACAGGACAUACAGACAGACAAAAAGGAUAGAGAGGACAGAGAGACAGGACAGACAGACAGGACAUACAGACAGACAGAAAGGACAGGCACGACAGACAGGACAGGCAAGACAGACAGACAGGAUGGACAGGCAGACAGCACAGGCAGGCAGGACAGAGAGACAGACAGACCAGACAGACAGGACAGACAGGAGCACAGACAGACGGACAGGCAGACAGACAGGAUGGAUAGACAGGACGGACAGACAGAUGGACACGACAAACAGGACAGACAGACAGGACAGACAGGAUGGAUAGACAGGACAGACGGACAGGACAGAUGGACAGACAGAACAGACAGACAAAAAGGAGAGACAGGAUAGAGACAGUACAGACAGACAGCACAGACAGGACAGGCAGGACGGACAGACAGGGCAUACAGACAGACAGAAAGGCAGGACAGACAGCCAGGACAGACAGGAAAAACAGGACGCAGACAGGACAGACACAGGACACGCAGGACAUACAGACAGACAGAAAGGAUAGACAGAGAGGAUAGAGAGACAGGAUAGACAGGACAGGCAAGAUGGACAGACAGACCGGACAGACAGACAGGAUAGACAUAUAGACAGGAGAGACAGACAGGACAAACAGGACAGACAGACAGAUGUACAGGACAGAGAGGACAGAAAGAACAGACAGACAGGACACAUGGACAGGACAGACACGACAGACAGGACGGACGGGCAGACAGGACAGACAGACAAGACAAACAGGACAGACAGAACAGGCAGGACAGAAAGGACAGGCAGGCCAGACAGACAGGACAGAUAGAAAAGUCAGACAGGACAGGCGGGACAUAAGACAGACCGACCAAGCAGGACAGACAGGAUAGACAGACAGGAGAGACAGGACAAACAGACAGGACGGAGAGAGAGGACAGACAGACAGGACAGACAGACAGAACAGGCAGAACAUACAGGACACACAUACAGGACAGACUGACGGACAGGACAGACGGACAAGACGGACAGGAUGGACAGACAAGACAGGAGGCACAGGACAGGAUGGAUGGACAGAUAGGAUGGACAGACAGACAGGACAGGACAGACGGACAGGACAGACAGGAUGGACAGUCAGACAGGACACACAUACAGGACAGACAGACGGACAGACAGGAUGGAUGGAUAAGACAGGGAGGACAGGACAGACAGACAGGACAGACAGACAGGACAGACAGGAGGGAUGGACAAGACAGAGAGGAGGGACAGGACAGACAGGAUGGACAGACAAGACAGGAGGGACAGGACAGACAGGACAGAGUCAAGGUUGAGUCGUGAGGACAUCUAUUUUGCACGACUGUUCAGUGCAUUACAGCACGGUGUAGCAAUACCCAAGCUAGCACUAAAUCAGCUGGGAAAAUUACAGCCAGUAAUCUACUCCAAAAUACAACGGUGCUAGGCUUGAUAAAAAACAAACCCACAAUAAGAAUUAAAAAACAGUUUAGGUUCAACAGCUUUGCAGCAGGCUAUUUCUGAGUGGUUUCUCAGAGACAGAAAAACACAUAUUCCAAAAAAAUAUUAAUGUCAGUAAACAAAAUUAGACAGAAAUACACUUUUCAGCUAACUCCAGCCAUACCUGUUGCUAGGCAUGUUGCUUCAUCAGACAACUCCAACUCCUCUUGUUCUUGGCCUGUAAAGACACUGAAGUCCAAAGGCAAAUACUGUUCUGCUAACUCAUAUUCCUGGAAAGUGCUUCCAAAGAGAAACCUUCACAGGCAAGUAAGAUGGCUGAAGGUGGACAUGUCCAGAGAGGGCACA